UGGUAAAAACGAUAUACAGCCACCACUGGGUCGAUAAAGGAUAUCUCUGGUGAUAUUGUUUCUACCCGUUUGUGACAUCACAGCAGCGGGUGACCAGGCGAACAUCCGGCUUAUCUAUUUUCCUUGUUCAUUUGACUGUUUAAGAGCAACCCGUGGAUAGCUCCCGGGUUCCGUAAAAGUUAUCCUGUUCUACACAACCAGAAACCAAUGGGUCCUUAGGACAUCCUUCAUAGACAAACGGAAAUCAAGAUGGCGGCUGUUACAGGGGCCGUCUCGGGAACGAGCACUCCCUUCCGGGAAUGCGAAUCUAGAAAUGGCUCGGACAGUACACCAAAGCGAAGAACUCCCUCCCUCAAUGGAAGUGCUAAAUUCAGACGAGUUUCCUCAGGAAGAAGUGGACAGAGUGGUGCAAGUCCCCACAGUGUCUUGUCAGUUGAAGACAAAAUGGCAGCAUUACAAAAUUUAUUUUCUGACAAAUUGUUGAUAACAGAACUUAGAGGACAACAUGGUGCAACUCGUAAAGUGGAAAACGAUUAUAAUGUCGAUGAAGAAGACGACGAUAAUUUCACUAUGUCAGAUUAUCCGAUGGAUGGACGUUACUCCAAGGAAACUGAUUACGAAACAGAUCUCGAUAUGGACUAUGAAGAGUGGAUACACGAAGAGGAGAUCCAACUGGAAAAUGAUAAAUCAGGGGAUAGAAAAUAUAUUCACAUGUGCAAUGAAACUGGUGUUAUACCGGUUACUUAUUUUAUUAAGCAUAUUGAGGACAAGGAAUUCCGAAUGAGAUUCCACGGCCUGGGGCCUCUUGGUGCUAAAGCUAUUGCAUACCCAAUGAAGUCAAACAAAAAAAUUGAAGUUCUAAAUCUGGAGGGAAAUUGGAUCCUCGGAGAGGGAUCGGAAUACUUAGCAAGGAUGCUGAUGGGAAACUUUUGCAUCACUGAGCUGUAUCUCGCGGAAAACAGAAUUGGCAACACUGGUGCUGAAGCAAUGGCAGAUCUGCUGUCAAAGAAUGACGUCAUCGUGACGAUUGACCUCUCCGGAAACGAGAUAGAGGACAGCGGCGCCGAAAAGCUUUGUACCACACUUCUGAAAAACCCGUCAGUCAAGCAUCUCUACCUAGCCAACAACCGUUUAGAGGAGAGGGCAGCUAUAUCUCUUAGGGAAUUACUUUCACAAAAUGAGGUCAUCGAAACACUGGACUUGAGUUGGAACCAUUUCCGGACUAAGGGUGCAGUGGCGUUGGGUGAAGGACUUAUGGAAAACUACGGAUUAAGGAGUAUGAAGUUAGCCAUGAACGGACUCGGCCGAGAUGGCUCAGAAGCAAUUGGAAAAGCCUUGAAAGUAAACAGGACCCUUAAAGAUCUAAAUAUAGCCCACAACAGAAUCCCGGAACGAGGCGCCAUCAUGAUCGCAGCAGGAUUACAAACUAACGACUGCCUCGAAACACUACGAAUCGGCUCCAACCCUCUAGGACCUGCUGGACCGGUAGCCAUAAUAACAGAGGUCAGCAGAAACGACGUGAGCUCAAUAGAUACGUUGGACUUUUCGAAUGUGUUGGUCACAACUGAAUUCCAGAAAGUUCAGGAAAAUCUUGAAGCUUCACGUUCGAUAACAAUAACACAUGGAGGUAUAGUUGGAGAGAAAUAUGAAAUGGAUUAUUUGACCCAUGACCCCUUGGCAGAGUUCAGACGUGAUCCUAUUAACAGACUGUUUGAAUACGCAAAGGACACGGGAUAUCGACUCAUUGAUCUAUUUAAGGACUUCGACAAAGACAAAAGCAAUUCAAUCAGCAAGGACGAAUUCAUCAUUGGGAUCAAGAGGGCUGGUAUGAAAAUCAGUGUUCGACAAAUGGAAAUAUUAAUUGAGAAACUGGACAAAAAUAAAGACGGUUCCGUAGAUUUUGGAGAGCUUAUUGAUGCAGAUGCAGCGAACCGACAGCAACAACGAAAGCUGAUGAAGACCCGAGAAUCCACAAUGUCGAGAGAUACCAGGCCUGAAUUUCGGUUAGAGAGAACUGAAUCCAUACUGACUAAGGAAAUGUUAGAAGGCGUUUGACACGAGUCGAUAUACAAUAU